AUGACGUUUCUCGGCCUAUUCGGCAACAAAAAGCUCGACUAUGAGCAAUUCGAGAAACAGCUCACCACCUUAAGCGGCGACAUUGCAAAAACCCGCAACCAGCUAACGUUUUUGCAACGAAAACGCUCUUCAACUCGUUCUUCUACGAUCCUAUAUCUAUCGGUAAUCUACGUAGUGAUCGUGGCUUACAGAUAUAGGCUAGCGCUGGCAGGGCUUGGAAUUCUCGCAGAGAACAAACUGGUGUGGCAACUUUUCAUUGGGUGUCUGCUGCCGCGAGACUUGAUGGUGGCCCUUUUGUCACCCAUUGUGAUCGCAGCAGCAGUCUAUUUGAUCGAUACUUUAUUCAGGUGGUGGAUCCGAAGCAAGGAGCGGCUGUUGGGGAGCAUGAUGAAGAAACACCGUGAAAAGCUCGAGGAAUUGAAGCUGGUGACCAACUUCAGCAAAACCAACCUGCUCUUGCAACGGUUUGACUCUGCGACAGCCACAGCUGCUGCGCCGGAAAAACAAAAGCUUGUGAGGGAACCUGGCCCGGGCGGCAAAUCAAGACCCGAGGCUACGCGGCCUCAACCAGCAGCAGGUUUGCAACAACCAUCGAAUGGACCGCAGGUCCCCAAUCACCAACAAAAACGGGCUCCAUUGCUGGUCAAUCCACAGCCCGUUGCUGCUCCUGCUACUGACGCAGGAAAUGCAUCGCCUGCUGGCUGGGCAGUUCCGGUCAAAAAGGGCAUUCAGGACCGGUUGUUGGACCUAAUCAUCGGGUCGGAGCACAACGAAACGGUGGAAAGCCGAUAUGCGCUUAUUUGCGCUCGAUGCUAUACACAUAACGGCCUUGCGCCACCUGGCUGUACCGAUCCAUUUUCUAUUGUGUACUUCUGCCGCAACUGUUCGUUCAUGAACGGCAAGGUCGAGGCACUGGAGCAAAAAAUAGAGAAGGCAAUCAAUGAUACCACGGAGCUGCAGAAAAAGGAUGAAGAUGUCGAAAAAGCAGACAAAGAAUCAGGAGUUGCUGAGGCGGUGGACCUGGAAAAGAGUUCGGACUCUGCUGAGGGUUCGGAGCUGACAAGCUCCUGA